UCAAUACUCGAUCGCAACGGAACGAUAAAAAUUUACAUUCAUUAUAGUCUGUGUUGCUUAAACGGCCGAUGAAUGAAUUUGUAAAUUAAUUAUGGUGCAAUGAAAACAAAAUUUUCCCGCGAACUAUUUUAUGAGGAUUAAGUUCUUUAUACGCGGUUUGCGUUACGGGAAAAGGGUUAUUUCGAAAAUGGCCUUUUCGGAGUCACCGGCGAAAGCUUCGCUGUGCUGUGAGAUAUCACAGGAUGGUGGUGCACCAACGUAUGCGAUGUACGAGGCAUUAAAAGAUUCGUGCCAAAACAACGCGACCUAUUUUCAACCGGACGACAGCGAGAAUGGGCAGAGAUUGUACCAAGGCUUCAUGACCCUCAUGGACCAUGUAGACACUGUGUGGCCUUUGGUAGAUCAUGUGAGGAAGGUGGCUCCACAAUACGACUUCGAUUCUAAAUCGCCAGGCAAUGGAUACCGCAGCUUCGUUUCAGUGGUCGAUUCAUGUGUACUACAUGGUUUAAAACUAAGCAGACAAGUGAAUACCAGUAGAGAUGCACUCUUAUUUCGAAAGGGACAUUUCGUCAAGGAGAUAGAAUCCUGCGGGCAGCUUCUUGCUUCACUAGGCACGUGUCUCCAUCACCUACACACGCUGUUGUCAUGGGCACCACCAGGAGAACUGUUCCCAACUGAACCUCACACGCCCGAGGAGUUGUUUGCGCAAGCCGACACCAUUAAUCAGUAUUGUUUCUAUGGAAGGUGUCUCGGGUUUCAAUUUCUACCAUCCAUGCGUGGCAUAUUGAAAGGCAUAUCAAUAUGUAUGGCGGGUUUCUCCGAGGCUUACUAUUGCCAUGGUAACCUCAUCAGCUCCGUGUGGACUGGUGGCCAGUACCUCAUCGACCCUGAGAUGAGAGCAAGGAGGAUCGUUAACAUAUCUCAGUCUGCGAACAUAGAGUUCUGCAAGGCGUUCUGGUUUCUGGCUGAAAGUGAGAUAAUGAAGAGAGUACCAAGUCUAAUGUCGCCACCGGUAGCUGUGAACAAGCUCAUAACAAUCCCUCCAGAGCCCAUUGUAGUGAACACAAUCGAUUACAAGGAAAUCACAGUACUACCGCCCACAGUACACAUAGGGUUACAAGGAUUGAAUGUUAGACUCAUCAGUGCAAACAAGAGGAUUGGCAUGGCAGGCGAAGGAUCAUCGUCCUUCCCACCAUCAGACGGAGUCCUCUUCCACUGCCACGGAGGUGGUUUUGUGGCACAAAGUUCAAAGUCCCAUGAAACAUAUCUGCGGGAUUGGGCGGCUAAGCUGAACGUGCCUAUACUGUCAGUAGACUACAGUUUAGCACCCCAAGCUCCCUUCCCGAGGGCUUUAGAAGAAGUAUUCUACGCAUACUGCUGGAUGCUCACUCAUUUCAAGGAGAUUGGCACUACUGGUAAACGAAUAGUAUUUGCGGGUGACUCAGCCGGUGCGAACUUAGUAGCUGCCUGUACACUGAAGAUAUUAACGACAGGCCUUCGGAGACCAGAUGGCAUGUUCCUAGCAUACGCCCCACUCAUGAUCAGCUUCGUACCUAGUCCAGCAAGAUUGUUAUGUCUAAUGGACCCUGUAUUACCUUUUGGAUUCAUGAUGAGGUGUCUCAAAGCAUACGCCAGUCCCAGUAAUAAGUCCGAUGGUGGUAAAAGCAAGGAGGACAGACAGAAUGGAGGUCACACCCAGAUUGUGUCCUGUGCCACAACGCCGCUUGAUAGCAAUGGCUUCCUUAAAGUCAGUCCUUCUCAAGAAGGUAUAAGCGAAGGCCCGUCAUCAUUCGAGGAGGUGUCUCCAUCCGAUCUGGCAGAGCUACAAGCUCACAAGUCUGGCAGUGAGCGGAGGAAGUCUUCAGACACUACCAUCAGCGCAGCCUCGCUGCAGAGCGAACAUACCGCUACAGGUAUCACUCCACCGGAGGAUAAAUCUCAGAAGUACGUAUCGGACUUCCUAGAGAGGUACGUGUUGGACAGCGACACUGACUCCGAAGGACGCAGGAUACCCAUCAUCAAACCUAAUGCGAGGGCUUACGACGAAUCUCACAGGGAAGAAUCUGAAAACUCAAGCACGUUAGUAGGCGAGCCGCCGCUUGUUGACGACAAUGAUUUGAGUAAAGAAAGUAAAAAGAGGAUUAAGACAAGGAUAAGCGAAGCGGCAACCGGUUUCAUGGGUGCCAUGUCCUCCAGAUUGGCAUACAUCACCGGGUCUAACGCAAUCUCUAGACCUACGCAAGAUGAUCUAGCCGCCCGUACCAACCUGGACGCGCUGAUAGCCCGCAGUCCGUCCGACGAGUUUAUAUUCUCAGUGCCGCGCGACCCGCUACUGUCGCCGUACUGGGCUGAUGACCAACUGCUCACCAAGUUCCCGCCUGUCAGAAUACUGACUGUACACUUAGACCCGUGUCUAGACGACUGCGUGAUGUUUGCCAAGAAGCUGAAGAACCUCGGCAACACGGUCGGCAUCGAAGUACUCGAGGGAUUGCCACACGGAUUCCUUAACUUUUCACUUAUGGCCAAAGAAGCGAACGAGGGCUCGAAGCUGUGCGUGGAGCGCAUCAAGCAGUUGCUGGAGCUGGCGCCGCCGCCGGCCGCGCGGGACAACGACUUAUGAAUGUGCGGGCUCUGUUGCCGGCCCUAGCCGCGGCACGAACUAACUAACACCCUAUUACACGACCAGUAAGUGCUACUUUGCAGUGAACUUACUUCGAGGUUCUGUCUAAACUAUGAACUUUAUUCUCUCGCCAGUAAGUGCGACGUUUCAGUGAAUGAGCAAGUUACACUAAGGGAUUCGUUCUAUAGUCGAAUCUAUGUGAAGUGGUGAUAAAGAGAGGAAAGGUCUUCAAUUAUAAUUGGCAAUUAACUGUCUAACUAUAAAUGUAUCGAUUCUAAAUUCGAUCUUUAAGCUUGGUUAGACUAAAUUAGAUUCCUGAAGACUGCGAAGAUGGGGGACUUUGUCGACUAAACACGAAGAUCUAUUCAGAAUGUUGUACAAAAUCCAAUGAGAACUAAACUACUAUUAUUACCGCUAUUCAAUCGAAAUAUUUAGAUUGUGAUCGAUUUUUGAUCGAGAAUUAUCUAAAGAUAUUGUAUUAAAAUCGGCAAUUAGUAGAGAAAGCAAGAAAGAAUCUCGAUCAUUAGUGCUCUUUAUGAUUAGGUAUUUGAUAUGGUUAACAAAGGCUUUGUAUUGUCAUGAAAUUGAAUGAUCCCUCAUCUACGCAUGUCUUUAUUGUUAAUGCUAAUAGUGGUGGAACUGUAUGGAGUCUUGCACUGACCAAAAUUGUAAGGAAUUAGCUUCACGGUGUUCGUUGAAGAUUAGGAAUUUGCACUCGAGAGUAAUAGAAAAGUUUGUCCAGUUAUCUUAUCGAUGUCGGGAAGUGGUUUAUCGAUAAAAAUAUCUAAAUGUAUCAAUUCGAAAAUUCAAUGUAAUGCGACUGCAAUAUUUCAAGCUCUAAUUGUAUGUUGUUAAUUGAUAAUAUUAAUACCAAAUGUAAAAUCUAAGUCAAAAAUAAUAUUCAUGUAACUAAUUAUACUUGCUUACAAACUGUCACUUGAUAAAUUCUUAAGCGAUCUUUGUAAACUAUUGAUGUAAAUUGUUACUAAACAAUGCCAAAUUUCAGAAUGGUACUGUCAAUUUAAGAUUAUAGACAUGAGUACAAUUUAAUAAUAUUAUUUAUGGUUGACUUGUAACUUAGUUCGAAGAAUCUCGUCUAGUUUCAAGCAACACCGGGGCUCAUAAUCAUGAUCUGUACCGUUUUCGAACCGGCUUACGUAAGUUACCGUAAAAAAUAUUAUUGAAAUUGAACAUGUCACUCAAUAAUUAUUAUACAAAAAUAUCAAUAAAAAAUCUUAGUAGUUAAAGUCACGCGUUAAAUAGAAAACGAUGUGAUGUUAGCACCAAUGUUCUGAGUUUGGUGCCUUUUGUGUGCAAUAGUUUCAGUAUUUUAAUUUACAACUUAUCUUAAAUACGUUUCGUUUACGUAAAUCACAAUGAAAAUAGGUCAAAUGGAACCAGUAUACGUAUAGACAACAGCACAAUAACCUACACUUAUCUCUUAAAUUUAUCAAUUCAUAUUCAACUUAAUUACAUACUGGAAAGGGUUGAAAUUUGAUAGAUUGUAGUAUAGAUAGGUUGACCUGCUGUUAUUUGUGCAUCUGUCUCUAGAAAACAAAUCCAAUGGUGAUUAUUCAUGGUACCUAAACUUAAUUUAAUUGUUUAGUUUUCAUCACAAUUUUGUAUUAAUUUUAUGGCAAUAUGAAAGACGUAUUUGGUCGCUUAUUGCCAUAUGUGAUAAUACCAAAAAAUUACGGGAAAUGCAUUUUGUUAAAAUUAAUGUUGUGUAAUAUUUAACUAUUUAUUGUUAUAUCUAAAUAUUUACCAUUUCCCUUCGUUAGUGUUGUGAACUUUAUUUGAUUGGUUAAUCAUGUGUUGUAAAAGAAGCUUUAUCUAUUUAUUGUAAGGGAGUGUCAGUGAUUGUGUUUUAUUGAUAUUUUAAUAAGGUACUUCACUUAAUUUUAUGAUGAGGUUAUAAUCUUUUUGUUUAAGUAGUUUAAUAACUGCGGCUAUGUUUGCGCAAACGAUGCGCAAAACAGAAAUAUUUUGCGCAUCUAGCUGUCAUUUACGACAAAGGUUUUUGCGCAUUGGAGAUUUUCCGCAGCUACUCUUAAGACAUUUGUUUUUAUUUAUUAACAUUGUUUUCGUUGCUUACAAAUACUUAAGAGCCUAACAUGUGUUAUAUAAAUUGGAAAGUCGUAAUAAAUUAAUUAUAAAUUAUUGAUACAAUUUGUGAAUCCGUUCCAACUGUGUAUAGAACUUAAUAAUACUGAAACAAUUUUAUUAUAAACAAAUGGAAUUGUUUAACACAUUAUACCUAAAUGAUUGUGAUGAUAUAUCCAACUAUAAACCUAUGUAACUUGCUUUCUGUUCCAACGCAACAUUAAUGUGUUUUGAACUUUUCCUACUACUUAUACCCCCUUUCUUCAAAAGCAAAUUGUCCCUUUACCAAAUGGACCAUAUCUGAAUAUCACAUCUUUAUCAAGAAGAGAAUAAAUUGUUGUAACAUUGAAUGCUCAAUUCUUCGUUGUAUAUUUUUGAUAAAUUGAUUUUUUGGGAUGAAUAUGUGACUAUUUUUAUUAAAUAAUGUUUUUAAAUUUCAUGAGAAUAUACUCGACUGUAAAAAUCGAGUACAGACGUCUACAAAAUUUGUCGUGGUAAUGUCCAAAUUUGAUGUGUUUUAAAGUAUCAAAAUGAGAUAAUGGAAUUUGAGAAAUGAAAUUAUUCGUGAGCUCUUUUGAACCUUAAUAUGUAUAGCAUUUUUCCACAGCUGUGUUCAAUGAUAUAUUUUAUUUAGUUGAGCUAGAAUGUUUAUGUACAACUAUCUUAAAUCUGAAAAUUCUAUAGCAAAGUAGUCUUAGAGAACACAUAGCUUUAGAAUAUGCCUAAAAUUUUGUUAUGGUAUAAGAUACUCAAUGUUUUAUUUAAAUAGCUCUUGGUAUCAUAUUAAACAGUAGAAAUGUACCGAUAUUAUUGCUUUAAAUGUUAAAUAAAUAAAGUAUAUCCAUGUAUUGUCAAUGUUUAGGUAUCUAGUUCAUGUUUUCUUUGCAUUAUGUGCACUUAUAUCUUGGAUAAAACCAAUGCCUUCUGAUUAAUUAAUAUUCGUAAUUCGUAUUCGGUCUCUGGCUUUGUGUUAGUUGUCUAUGUAUUGAGAACAAGCUACAAAGUUAGUUGCAAUAAGAAUGCAAAGUUAAACUGUGUCUGUGAUAGCGAAUUGAAAGCUUUUCGAAAGCAUAACUAACAGUAUUCUAAAACACGAAUAAUAAGUACAUCAUGUUAAGUAAUGUUGUCUGUUUGUGUAUUUAUGAAAAUGUAAAAUAAAAAUGUAUUUAAUAAUAUUUUUAUAGAAAUAAAAAUAUCCAUAAAGACAUGAACUUAUUGUAAACUUCGACAUUUUACUGUUAAUAUCUCUAUAUAAAUUUAUCGGUGUUUCGAAUAGAUGGACACAUGAAAUUAGGCCUUAUGGAAAUGGAUAUAGAUGUUAUAUAUUAUAAUCACAAACGAAAUAGUUAUGGUCUAUUGUCCAUAGUGAAAAUAUACCAACUAGUCAAUAAUGACAAUAUUGUACAAUGUCUUAUGUUAUUUUAAUAAAUGAAUGCAAAUACGUAA